UUGCAGCCAGCUGUGACCCCAGUGGAGGCCUCACCGGCUCUUUCUCGAAGUCCGGGAUGGCGAACUGACUCAUCGCCCGACAGUGGAAUCUACGGUUCUGAUGUCGGAGGUGGUGGCGGCGGUCGUGGAAGUCGGGAUAACACUUUGAGCAGACGUGCUGAAUUAGAUCGCUUGAGGCGCGAAGUGACCGUCUUAAGGGAGGAACGUGAUGAACUGGCCCGCAAGGCGCGAAAGGACAGACAGGAGUUUGAAAGGAGACUUGCUGAGUUCUCCGGUGGGCGCAAGAAUGAAUCCCUGCAGAACAAGAUGCUGGAGUACCAACGGCGAUAUGUUAAUCUCAAGGAGCAGUAUGAUGCAGAACAGGAUGCCUGGUUGGCAGAACGCGUUGUGCUCGAGUCCAAGGCCAAAGAGCAAGAGGACAGGAAGGGUGUUAUUAUGAAUACUCGCAAAUCCCUACAGGAGGCCUGUAUCAAGCUAGCAGAGGCUGAAAAGGAAUACGAGAGGGAACGUCAACGUCUGGCCUCUGAAAUAGAGCGUUUGGAGAAUGAACGUGCUGAGCUUAAGGUACAACUGGCACACUUUAAGGAUCAACAGAAGAUGCCAAAGGUACUGCAGCGCUUCGGAGGAACUUCGAGCCGGUCAGGGCAGCUGCCACAACUGAGUGCGAGCGUUACCAGUGCGGCAAACUCAGAGGCUGCGAGACGUCUGGAGGCGGCUGAGCGCACAAUUGCCAAGUUGCGCGCUGAACUGCAGUCAAAGACCGACAACUUCUCCCAAAUGUCUGUGGCCGCCGUAAAGGAGGCCGAAGCAGCAAGACAGUCUGCAGAACAGCAAAUGGAAGCCAUAAAGGAGCAAGUUGUACAGGCAAGUCGAUCUUCGCUGUUUAGUCUCAAGUUGGCUUUCCACCGCGAACAGGCAGAGCUCUUCAGGGAGCGAUUAAUUGAAGCGGAACGGGUUGCGGAGAGGGAGUACAAGGUUUGGUCCGACGAACGGGAAGAUUUGCUGUAUCGUAUUGAAGACGCUCGAAUCUGCGUGGAACAAUGGUGUCUCCGCCUGCACCACAGGGAGAAUAACGAGUUACAGACCAGCGAUGAAUUAGUGGAUGAAGUUGUGACCGAAAUGGAACGCUGGAGAAGUUCCAAGCUCAAAGCGGUCAGCAUUCCUCGGCGUACGCUAGUGAGAGAACGAUACAUCCGGCAGGGUAACAACUCUAAGAUUGAGAAGCUUGUGCAGUAA